AUGCCUGAAGGAAACGCAGCAGCAGGCGGCGCGCCUGCUGCUCGGCAAGAGGAAGGUGGCACCUCCCUCAUGUCUAGAAUAGGAUGGGGCCUUGCAAUGUAUAUGGGAAUGCAAUUCCUCAUGAAGCAGUUCGUGCCAGCCGCACCGCAGAGCAAGACCGUCACCGACGCCUCGGGCCAGACGGUCCAGGUCCCUGCCAACACCGCCGACGUUCCCCCAUAUGCUCUACGGCCCAAGACCCUAGAUGAAGGCGCCACUUGGAAUCCUGUCCCGCAAAAGGUGGCACCGAUAUGGCCCGACGACAGCGUGGUCGAUAUCAUCAUCACCCUUUCCGACUCUGUCAAGCCCACCCCACUCAAGGAUACUCCCGAGGACAUGCUGGUUUUCAAGGAGCAAGAGUUCAAGAUUGGCAACUGGAGCGAGAAGCGUUCCAUCGACACCACCAUCAACGUUCCCGAGGCUGUUCAGAACAAUGGAACCCUCUGGGGACACUUCUACAUUGGCCUCCACGGUGACUCGCGUCUUGAUCCAACUCAGCCAGGCUACGAUCCGGCCAAGGCCUACUACUUUGUCUACCCGUUCACCCAGCACAUUCCGAGGAAAAAGGUCAAGAAGAUGCACAACCUGCUCGAAACCAAGAACAUGACCGAGGCAGAGCAGGUUGAGGAAGAGGAGGCUGGUACUGUUGUCGUCGGCAACUACUAUCAUCCCAACACCUCCUUGUCCUUCGUCCCUGGUGCUGGCACUAUCAUGUACCCAACCGCCAAUGGUGCCGUCCGUACAUUCCUCCAUCUUGAGCCUACAGGGGCCCGUGAUGGUUCCGGUCAGAACUCGUGGUACUACCCCAUCUUGUUCGCCAACGGCUUUUGGCAGCUGAAGAGCCACCACAGCCUCGUCAAUGACACCGUCAAGACUCUUCCCGUCCACAUCGAGCUGAACAACCUGGCCCAAUGGAAGUUCCAGGUGAUGGCCUCCAUCGAACUCGGCGGCAGGGAAACUGCGCGUCAAGCUGCCUACGGUAACCCUGUCGCCGGUGGUGGUGAUGGGAGCGAGAUCGAGAUGAUCAAGGAGAUUUUCCUUGACACCAACCCAAUUCUGCUUGGUAUCACCAUUGUGGUCAGCAUUGCACAUCUCGUCCUCGAGACUCUGGCGUUUGGCUCAGAUAUUGCUCACUACCGCAAGAAGAAGGACAACGUUGGUAUUUCUGUCCGAUCGAUCCUGGCCAACGUCUUCAUGCAGACAGUCAUCUUCCUCUACCUCGUGGACAACUCCCAGAACACGAGCUGGAUGAUCCUGGGGUCCCAGGGUGUCGGGAUCGUCAUCGAACUGUGGAAGAUCACAACAGUCGUAAACGUCAGGGUGCGCGAUGCGGAACCGGGCUCCUGGUUGCCGAAGAAGCUAGUCUUCGAGGACAAGCACAAGCUCAGUGAGACUGAAGAGAAGACCAAGGAGUACGACGAGAUCGCCUUCAAGUAUCUGUACUGGAUUGGCGCCCCUCUGCUUGUCGCAUACGCCAUCUACUCCCUCGUUUACGAUGAGCACAAGUCGUGGUACUCGUUCAUCAUCGCCACACUCGUGGGCUCUGUCUACGCCUACGGCUUCUUGAUGAUGGUUCCCUCGCUCUACAUCAACUACCGCCUGAAGAGCGUUGCCCACAUGCCGGGCAAGGCAAUGAUGUACAAGUUCCUCAACACCUUCAUCGACGACUUGUUCGCCUUCACGAUCAAGAUGCCCUUGCUGCACCGCCUUGCGACCUUCCGUGAUGACAUAAUUUUCUUCGUCUACUUGUACCAGACCUGGAAAUACAAGGUGGACUACACCCGAGUCAACGAGUUCGGCCAGGGCGGAGAGGACGACGACGCAGCAGAGGAGAAGAAGGACGGAAAGGAGCCGGCCACCGAGGAUGUGCCGGUUGCCGUGAAGGCUACCGCUACCUCUGUCGGCGAAGGUGGUGCUACAAAGAGGAAGUAG